AUGCUGCUGAGACGUGUUGCCGGGAGACAGUUGCUGGGGAGAGUGCCGCUACGGCCUUUGCCCGGUGUUUGGCGGUCGAUACACACUACAAGGGUGGCUAGAAACGAGAACAACAGGGACAGAGAUAACAAGAAGCGGGCAGAACCGCCGGAAUACAAGUCCAUGCGGGAGUACUUCAAGUCCAAGGAGUUUGCGAAGACGGUGUACCUCACCACUGGGUUCACUCUGCUGUUCACGCUGUUGGGGGCCUCUGGUGGGUCUGCGGAUGACAAAGAGGGCGCCGUGCUCACAUUCCAGGACUUCAGAAGCAAGUACCUCGAGAAGGGUCUCGUUAAGAAAGUCACUGUUGUGAACAAGUACCUCGUACAGGCGGAGUUGGUCACGCAAAACGACGUGCAGUUCACUGUCGGGUCCACGGACGUGUUCGAGGAACAGAUGGACGCAGCACAGGAUGAACUGGGGAUCCCCAGUACACAGCGGAUCCCCAUCGUGUACGUCUCUCGCACGUCCGCGUGGCAGUACGUGUACCCGUUCAUCCCGACGGCGCUUCUUCUGGGGGGGCUUUACCUUAUCAGCAAGAGACUCACGCCGGGCGCUGGUGGUGGUGGUACCUCGUCAAAGGGCGGUGGCGGCGGGAGCAACCUCUCCAACAUGUUCGGCGUUGGGAAAUCUAGAGCAAAGCUGUUUAACAAGGAGACGGACGUCAAAGUGUCCUUCAAGGACGUCGCAGGGUGUAACGAGGCUAAACAGGAGAUCAUGGAGUUCGUCCACUUCUUGAAGAACCCAAAGAAGUACACCGCAUUGGGGGCCAAGAUCCCCAGGGGUGCCAUCUUAUCGGGACCACCAGGUACGGGGAAGACUCUGCUUGCGAAGGCCACAGCGGGGGAAGCCGCUGUGCCAUUCCUCUCCGUGUCCGGGUCCGAGUUUGUAGAGAUGUUCGUCGGGGUCGGUGCCUCCAGAGUGAGAGACCUGUUUGAGCAGGCAAGAUCCCUUGCACCGUCCAUCAUCUUCGUCGAUGAGAUCGACGCCAUUGGGAAGGAGAGGGGCAAGGGCGGGCCCCUGGGGGGUGCAAACGACGAAAGAGAGGCCACUUUGAACCAGUUGCUCGUGGAGAUGGACGGGUUCACGACUUCAGACCAGGUAGUCGUCCUCGCGGGUACAAACAGACCGGACGUGCUCGAUCCGGCACUGCUCAGACCAGGCAGAUUCGACAGACACAUCCAGAUAGACUCACCGGAUAUCACGGGGAGGAAACAGAUAUACUUGGUCCAUCUGGAGAGGUUAAACUUGCAAGAGAAAUUGGCCCUGGAUAGGGAGAACCUCGCGGGGAAACUCGCGACGCUGACACCCGGGUUUACCGGUGCAGACAUAGCGAACGCCUGUAACGAGGCUGCCCUGAUCGCUGCCCGUCACAAGGACGCUACGAUCACGCUGGACCACUUCGAACAAGCAAUAGAGAGAGUCAUUGCUGGGCUUGAAAAGAAGUCUAAAGUGCUCUCCAUGGAGGAGAAAACGACGGUCGCAUACCACGAGGCAGGACACGCCGUCUGUGGUUGGUUCUUGAAAUACGCGGACCCAUUGCUGAAAGUCAGUAUCAUCCCGAGGGGUCAGGGCGCGCUCGGUUACGCACAGUACCUACCCGCGGACCAGUAUCUGAUCUCUGAGGAACAGUUCAAGCACAGGAUGAUCAUGGCUCUCGGUGGACGUGUCUCCGAGGAGUUGCACUUCCCCUACGUGACCAGUGGCGCUCAUGACGACUUCAAGAAAGUUACAGGGAUGGCAAGGGCCAUGGUCACGAAAUUGGGGAUGUCCAAACGGGUAGGGUACUUAUCCUACGACGACGGAGACAGCAACGGCGGGAUACAGGUGAGCAAACCCUUCAGCGAGAGAACGUCAAGGAUAAUAGAUUCCGAGGUGAAGAAGAUCGUUGAUGAGGCACACCGCAAAUGUACCAUCUUGCUAAGCGAAAACAAAGAAAAAGUGGAUAAAGUUGCUAAACUGCUGCUGAAGAAGGAGGCCAUUACACGCGAGGAUAUGAUAAGACUGUUAGGCCCAAGACCGUUCCCUGAACGUAACGAGGCCUUUGAGAAGUACUUGGAUCCUAAAGACGCAGAUAAACCAACACCAGAGGUAGCAAAAUGA